AUGAACACCAUGCGCAAGCACUGGCAGAACAAGCACAGCUGGUCGCCAUAUCCCAGCCGUGGCCGUACAGCGCCACAAAAGCGUACGGCAGCACAGGAUGAGGUGGACAGAUCAUGCCAGAAGGUGCAGUUCCAGCAGAUAUUUGCAUCGCGCAAGGGCUCCCACUACAUACAGAUCCAGACUAAGGAGACUACUGAGCAUACCGGCACGCCAGACCAGAACAGAGCCAGCCAGGCCAUUGAUGAGCUGGAGCGAUUUUACCAGGAACAGCAACGGCAGACCAGCAAUGUCAUCCAGGCCGGGGAGCACGAUGAAGCCAACCCAUGGCUGCGGCGGACCAGAUGGCCGGUGUACUUGACCAACAUCGCACCCAAUGAUCUGGUCAACUGCGUCCAGCGGCCCGACGAUGACACCACGUGCCCAGAUGAACUGGCCGCGAGGGCCAUCUGGGAGGCCAUGGGUCAGGUUGCCCGUACCAGCCAGCGAGUCAUCACACGGCUGGGCCACUUCGUCCGCAUCGAGGCCAUCCGCACAGAGCGACACCAGACCCGGCACACCCCGUUGCAGGCGUACAUGGACGAGGAGAGCAUCGCCGAGCACGUGAGGCCAUGGCAGCAGAUGUUGAUGUUUUUCGCCCGAACGCAGGUCGAGCAUGAAUGGACGAGCCCACAGUACCGGUUCACACCACGGCAGCGCAAGACAUGGAGGGUAUUAUGGCAGGUAGCCACCACAGAGGGAGCCGACCAGCGACACUCCAUCAGCCCAGACCCCAUGGAUGAGCAGAUGACUGAGGAAGAAGAAGAGGAGGAGGAGAAGGGACAGAGAGAUACCCAGUCAGAAGAAGAAGAUAAGUUCAAAUCAACCAAGAUCCAGAUGGCAUGUUUGGAUUUUUGCAUUGAGCUGCUGAACCAGCGGGUUCAGGUGGAGGAUUAUGAGUGCGCGCUGGUAGACGCGUUGGCGGUGCUGGGACGGGGGGAGUAUGGAUGGUGCGACGCGGAGAGCUACCCACCAAUGUUGUCACGGAUCAUCAAGGUGGCACGGUUCAUGGUGGUGCACAAGGCGCUGCGACUGGACGCCAAUGCAUCCGACAUGCUGGCCAGGAACCAAGCAAGCCAGAUGGUGGGAGAGUGGGCCGUGGUGAGCCCCAUGGAGGAGGCGGAUUACACGUUCACAGGCAACCAGAAUGAAGGUCCCAUGCAGUGGAUGCUGGACCUGCGCACGUAUGGAUUGAAGGUGCACUACAGCAACACCACACCCGGCCACGUCGGCUGGAUGGGAGGGGAUGAGCUGCUGUACAAGGACAUGCACUUCACCAUGGGCGACUUCCGGGGCUUCACACACGGGCUGGUGGGAGCGACGAGGCGGAUCCUGCGGGAGGAGUUGUUGUUUGAGAAUGAGCUGAAUGGACAGCAGCCACCAGCCAUCCCAUGGUCCACGAUGCGGGAUGACCCCACCCAGGGAGGGACGGGGUGGAAUUUUUUAAAGGACAGCCGCACGCGGUGGCCGCCCGGGAUGCAGCGGCGGUUCAUCCAGCGAGAGCACAGCGACCGGCCCCGUUUGGCAAUCAAGGCGAUCAACGCAUACCUGCGCUGGGUGGUGAGAUUCCGGGAGAAGCUGAGCGUGGCGGUGCAUGUCACGGCGGGCCAACCGGCACGGGCGCCCGAGCUGCUCAGCGUCCGACACAUCAACACCGAGAACGGGGGCCACCGCAACAUAUUCAUAGAGGAUGGGAUGGUGGUGUUCGUCACGCGGUACCACAAGGGGUUUCAUGCAUCCAACGACAUCAAGGUGAUCCACCGGUAUCUGCCAAGGGAGGUCGGGGAACUGGUGGUGUGGUAUUUAUGGCUGGUGCUCCCAUUCGCCCAGCGGCUGCAGGAGUAUCGACGACGGAUCCGAGAGGAAGAGGGAAAUCCAGAAGAGGAGAACGCCAACCAACGGGGGGCAUACAUGUGGGGAGGAGACCCCGACGGGCGGGCCUGGACGUCCGAGCGUUUCCGGGAGGUGUUGAAACGGGAGACCCGCAUCGGGCUACAUGGUCAGGGGUUGAACCUGGCAGCAUACCGGAACAUCGCCAUCGCGAUCAGCAGGCAGUUCAUGCGCCCAUCCAGCGCGUUCAAAAACAACAGCCAGCAGGAAGAGGAGGAGCAGGUGGCCGGCAGCAAUGGAGAUGAAGAUGAACCCAUGGACCCCGAGGAAUGGCUGGGACGGAUCACAGACAUGCAAGCGGCCCACACAUCACACGUGGCCGGCAUGGUGUACGCACGAGGGAUCACGGAGCAGGCCGGGACCACACACCGGCGCCGUGAGAUGUUCCGGUUGAGCAGCACAGACUGGCACCGGUUUUUAGGGUUCGAGUCGGCAACGACCGAGAAGACGACGAGGGAUGCGGUGCUGGGAAAACGCAAGCGGGCACCAUGGGAGACAGAGGCCGAGGAGGGGCGUAUGGAGCGUCGAUUUCAGCUGCAGCAGACCGACAUGGAGGCCGAGCUGCAGCGGAUGAUGGGUGACAAGGCACUGAAGUUUCGAGGGGUGCAGGCGGCAGCGAUACGGGCCAUCCAGGACGGUGAAAGUCCCGUGGUGGCCAUCAUGCCAACCGGAGGGGGGAAGAGCAUGAUGUUCAUGUUGCCCGCGUGGGUUGCACCCGGGGGAACAACGGUGGUGGUGGUUCCACUGGUGGCGCUGCGAGGGGACAUGCAGCGGAGGUGCGAGGAGCUGGGGAUAUCAUGUGUGGAGUGGGAGAGCCGAAGACCGCCCGAUGAAGCAUCGAUGGUGCUGGUGACACCCGAGUCCGCAUUGAGCGAGGACUUCAUCACAUUUUUGAACCGACAGCGGCUGAACCACCGACUGGACCGGAUCGUCAUCGAUGAAUGCCACACGGUGCUCAACGACCAGGUCAACUUCCGGCCCCAGAUGCAACAGCUCGGCAAGCUGAUGGCGGCCAAGACACAGAUGGUGCUGCUGACGGCCACACUGCCACCCGGUGAGGAGGAGAAGCUGUGGUCCCGCAUGCACUGCACCCGAGCGGACAUAUCAUUGUUCCGGGCGCGGACAUGCCGUCCAAAUGUGGCAUACCGAGUGUGGCAACCCAUCAUUGAAGGGUCAGAGUACGGUGGGCUCAACCGAUGGUUUCAAGCACCCAGCGUGGUCAGGUUCAUCCAGGACCGCAUGAGACGGACGGGAGAAGGCAAGGGGGUGGUGUACUGCCAGACGGUGAAUCAGGUCACGACGAUGGCAAGCGCAUUGGGGUGCGAGGCAUAUCACCACCACCAGAUCGACAAGGCCGGCAUACUGGAGCGUUUCCGACAAGGUCAAUACCAGGUCAUCGUGGCGACAAGUGCACUGGGCAUGGGCAUCGACAUCCCCAACAUCCGCAGCAUCAUCCACGUCGGACGGCCGCGAUCAUUGCUGGAUUAUGGACAGGAGAGCGGGCGUGCAGGGCGUGAUGGACAGGCCAGUGAAGCCAUCAUCAUUGAGCCCGAGGGUAUCAGUGCAGCAAUGAUAUGGUCAAGAAAGGAUGCACCAUCACUGCUGGACCAGAAGCUGGUUGAUCGGUACAUGCAGGCAGGGGGUGAGGAGGGUGAUGAACCGAUGGCUCGAUGUCGACGGGUGGUGCUGGACCGGUACCUGGACGGGGAAGUGGAGGGUUACAUGAGACGGCACUGCGGUGAUCGACACACAGGGGAGUCCCAGUGUGACGGGUGCGAUGCCGAGUGGGAGGCCAGGGAGGCCGUGUUCACCCCCAGCCCAGGUGGCACGCCCACGCCCACACCCAGUCCAGGCUACAGUUCAAGAGCAACAGCCAAGGAUGACUCCAGCGAGGAUGAAACCAGCCAGGAGUCAGAGAUGGAGAGCCAGCAGGGUGAAACCCACAUCAGAUUCAACGGCACAUGCAGUCCCAGAAUGGCCAGAAGUGUGAGCAAGAGCACAGACGACAACAUAAAUGAAAGCAUCACCAAGAAUGAAGCUUCAACUUCAGGCGGGAGCAGCCCGGGUCAAUGGAACAAGCAAGAGUCAAGUGAAAUCAGUGAAGACACCAGGGGCAUCCCAUCAACAACCAGACAGACAUUCCACAAGCAGGAUGUCCGUCGAGGCCGGUUCAUCAUCACACACCAGCAGCGAGGGCAGAGGGCAUUGAUGGAUGAGGAGGUUUUAGUGGAAGAGGCGCAGAGGUGGAAGGAUCAGUGUUUGAUAUGUGCAAGUGGCAAGCGGGAGUUUGACCAUGAGCUGUACCAGUGUCCCCACGAGGAGAGCCAGGAGGCGAAGAGAUGGAUGAUGACAGUGCGGAGCAAGAUCAAAUACACACGGUAUUCCGGGUGCUUCCGAUGCGGGAUGCCGCAGUCCAUAUGCAACAGCUGGAAGACACAGAGGCAGUGUCCGUACAGGGGAUUUUUGAUCCCGACGGUGGCAAUGAUGGUGUAUGGGUGUCAUGCAGGGCAGAUGAAGCAGGCGUGGAGACAGCGGCUGAGAGAGUUCAAUGUGGAUGCAGAUGAUCAGGAGGCGGUGAUUGAAUUUUUGGGACAGAAGGUUGAGGGGCAGGGCAUGGAGCACAACCGGCUGGUGGAGAUGUUUUGUUGGCUGCGAGGGAUAUAUCAGGAGGCAGAGAGGGGGAAGAUGGAGUCAGAGGGUACAGAGGUCAAGUGA